GAUCGUAUCCGUAUCGUCCAAAAAAAUUGUUGUUUAGUGUUUUGCUAAAUUAAAGGUAAAAGAUUUUUGCGAUGUGAAUGUGUCCAUUCAAAUAGGGCAUCUAGCCAUGUCAGCAAAUGGGACUGGUGGUAAUUACGCACCGCUGAAGCAAAUACUGACAGAUUCUGAAUCCGAAGAUGAACGCAAACACGGUCUCGAGCCUGGCAUCAAAGGCGCGGAUAGCUGUAACAAUCUGGAUAUAAAUAGCGGCUUGCAUUCCCCCAAAAACUUCAGCAUGAGUGACAUGGAUGACUACAAUACUAAUUUGAAUACUGUUGAAAGUACAAUGGAUAACGUUAGCUUCCUGCAAUCAGAUAUGUCGAGUAAGAUGUCGUUUUCGAGGCGCUGCACGUUCAUCGCUUCGAUCUUGUUUUGCAUAUUCACUGUGGUGAUAUUCCUGUGGGGGAUCCCGUGCUCUGAGGCAGGGAGCUGCGCGGGCGGCGAGUGGCACGACAAGACCACGAGCUGGGAGCUGCCCUAUGAUGAAAUUGAACUGUCCGGCGCAGUCCAAGUCGUCGAAGGAGCCCUGCCCAACACUAAAAACCUCAUCUUCAUUUACCGAGGCAAUCACAUGUGCCAGCAGGACAAAAAGACUGACAAUGUAAAUGGUGUCCUACUAGUAGUAGGCAACUCGGGCAAGGUGGGCUGGUACACAAGGGAGACCAGGAUACCAACUGAGAUAAACUGCCACAUGCUAGAUGUGAAUCGUGAUGGCCAGAAAGACUGCUUAGUUUCAGGCUCUGAAGGUUUGCUGGCUGCACUGAACCCACUCUCUGGCACAUACUACUGGUACAUUCAUAAACAUGGCAAAGUUUUCAGUAAUAUUGCAGCCAUAGAUUUCCCAGUGUUGUUGAAAGACAUGGAUAGGGAUAAAGUCAAUGAUCUACUGACUGUGGCUACUGUCUACCCGAAUACUGUGCACAACUCUUUAAUCAUCAUCUCGGGCUCCACAGGGAACAUUAUUGGCGACCCUCUCACAGUAGAAGAUUGCCUCUCCGUGAAACUGCUCACUGAGUCUGACACUAUCAAUAUCACUUACAUUUGCAAGAAUGGCACAUCUGAAGCAGUAAGAAUAAUAACCUAUCCAGUGUUGUACAGGAAAAUGAUGAAGAUGGAUCAUUCUGGAAGUAAAGCUAAUAUGUCUCAAUCUGUGCCUAAAAAAGUAAAUUUGAGUCUUAAGAAAAACAUAGGAAAUACUAGAGAAAUAUUUACUAAUGGUCCUGGUAAACUGAUUGUAGAGAACUCUGGAGAGUGCCCUAACUCUUGUAGAGUGAACCUGAAACUUAUCAUGGAGAAGAAUGGAACAUCUAAUGUGACCUGGGAGUACCAAGCCAACUAUGUGUAUGCUAUGAGGCCUAGUUUGUUUGCCUUUGCAAAUUCUAUAAGAGGCUUUGUAUUAAAAUUAUGACAGUGGAACAGUGCACACCUCGCAAAGGGUGCACUGAAGAUUGAUGAAGUCCGAUACAACAACAUAAAGAAUUCAAGCCCAAAAAAUAAUUAUGACAUAUUUUACUACAAGCCACCUAUAAAUGUGGCGUCUAUUUCGUCAUUUAUCAAGU